AAAAAAAAAUUGAACAAACAAAAUCGCUUAGAGAUUUAUUUUUUUUUUCUUGUUUUUCUUUCUUUCUUUCUUUCUUUCUUUCUUUCCUUCCUUUAAUAGUUAAAUAUCGCAAUCAUGGCUCACGCUAACGUUUGGAAUUCUCGCCCCAAGACCUACGGUAAGGGAUCUCGUCAAUGUCGUGUCUGCGCUCACCAAGCUGGUUUGAUCCGCAAGUACAACCUCAACAUCUGUCGUCAAUGUUUCCGUGAAUACGCCAACGAUAUUGGUUUCCACAAGUACCGUUAAAUCAACCCUGAAUCCUUGGUCUAUGUCUCCCAGGUUCCUAUUGGCAAUUAGACUAUUCAAUUCUUUUUUUUUUUUAUUAUUGUAUUCAUAUAUAUAUAUUUGAUCAUUAUGUAGAAUGUAAUAAAGAAAACCUGACUGAUUGAAACCUUA